UUCGGGGAUGUGUUUGUGGACUUCACCCUGGAGGAGUGGCAGCAGCUGGACUGCAUUUAGAAGAACCUCUACAGGGAUGUCACGCUGGAGAACUACAGCCACCUGGUGUCCGUGGGAUACCUGGUUUCCAAACCAGAUGAGGUCUUGCGAUUGGGUCGAGGGGAAGAGGCCAGGAGGGCAGAGGGAGAGCCGCCAAUGCGCAGCUACCCCGGUGAGCACACCCGGGGGCAGUCGGAAUUCUGGCAAGUUGAUGACCAGAUAGACAACCACAAGGAAAGCCACGACCAACUUCUGUGGCAAACUGCAUUAGUAGACAAGGAAACGCAGAAGGAUCUAAGUGGCCGGGAAUUCACAACCUUCAGGAAGAUCAUUUAUCCAAGCACAGACUUUGUUUCUAUAAGACAAAGACUCCCUAAAUAUUAUUCAUGGGGAAGGUGUUCAAAACAUAAUUUAAACUUUCUUUGUCAAAAUAGAAGCUAUGUAAGAAAGAAAGAUGAUGAACGUGAGGCACAUUGGAAAUUAUGCUUCCGUUCCAAUCUCCAUAAUGCUCAAGCUGCGGAGAAGUGUUUUGAGCCUGACCAACGUGGAAGAACCCUCCACCAGAAGCAGGCACUUAAUCAGACUCAAAGAAUUCAAACUAGGGAGAAGCUGUAUGCAUGUUCUGAGUGUGGGAAAGUGUUUAUCCAGAAAGCAACCCUUGCAGUACAUCAGAGAACCCACACAGGAGAGAAGCCUUAUGAAUGCAGUGAAUGUGCAAAAGCCUUCAGCCAGAAAUCAACCCUCAUUGCUCACCAGAGAACUCACACAGGGGAGAAGCCCUAUGAAUGCAGUGAGUGUGGGAAGACCUUUAUCCAGAAGUCAACUCUGAUUAAACACAAGCGAACUCACACAGCAGAGAAACCAUUUGUAUGUGGUGAAUGUGCAAAAGCCUUUAAGAGUUCAUAUCACCUUAUCAGACAUGAGAAAACACACAUUAGACAGGCAUUUUAUGAAGGAAUCCACUGUGGUAAGUCCAGCCUUUUGCAUCAGAGGACUCAUAAGGGUGAGAAACCUGAGUGUAAUAAACACGAGAAACCCUUUGAUGAGAAAGCCAACCCCAUUAAACACCAGAGAUCUCAUACAAAAGAGAAACCUUACGAGUGCAGUAUAUGUGGAAAAAGCUUCAGGGGAAAGUCACACCUCUCUGUUCAUCAGAGAAUUCAUACAGGAGAGAAGCCUUACGAAUGCAGCAUAUGUGGGAAGACUUUCAGUGGGAAAUCACACCUCUCUGUCCAUCACAGAACUCACACAGGAGAGAAGCCUUAUGAAUGCAGAAGAUGUGGGAAAGCAUUUGGUGAAAAGUCAACCCUUAUUGUCCAUCACAGAACUCACACAGGAGAGAAACCCUAUAAAUGCGAUGAGUGUGGGAAAGCCUUCAGUGAGAAGUCCCCCCUGAUAAAACAUCAGAGAAUUCAUACGGGAGAAAGGCCCUACAAAUGCAGUAGCUGUGGGAAAGCAUUCAGUAGGAAGUCAACUCUCAUUAAACAUCAGAGAAUUCAUACGGGAGAAAGGCCCUAUGAAUGCAGUGAGUGUGGGAAAGCCUUUAGUGUGAAAUCCACUCUCAUUGUACAUCACCGAACUCAUACAGGAGAAAAACCCUAUGAAUGCAGAGACUGUGGAAAAGCCUUCAGUGGGAAGUCAACUCUCAUUAAACAUCAGAGAAGUCAUACAGGAGAUAAAACCUAUUAAGAUACUUGAGAGUGAGAUAAUUUCACUAUUCAUUAUACCUCAUUAUGUACCAGUUCAUCCUGGGGAGUAACCUUAUAAAUGUUGAGAACGUCAGAAACUCUUCAGAUAUUAUUUAAUGUUCCUUUAAUAUAAUAAAUGGUACAAAAGCAUAAUUCCAGAAGCAUGUAAUAAAUGUGAUCAGUUUUUUACCCAGAAUUCUUACCCAUGAGUGGAAAAUUGUACAUCAAAGAAUUCCAAAGUGGCAAAAUUGGGAGUGUGUUGACACGAGGUAACCUUGAGAAAGAAUUUAAAUGGCAUUGCCUAUCAGAGUAUUUAUGCUGAGGAAGAACUAAGAAUUGAAUGAGCUUAGAAAACCAUGUUAGCCAUUAUGAGAGAAACAUGUUCCAUAAAUUUUUAAAGAUUUUAUUUAUUAGAGAGCGUGUGAGUGGGGGGAGGGGCAGAGGAACAAGCAGACUCCCUCCUGAGCCUGGAGCCCCACUCUGGGCCCCAUCCUAGGACCCUGAGAUCAUGCCCCCAGCCAAAACCAAGAGUCAGUCACCCAACCGACUGAGCCACCCAGGCCCCCCCAUGUUCCAUAUUCAAUACCAAACAUUUUAUGGGAAAGGUGCAGAGGUUGCAAACAAGUACAUAAAAUAUAAAAAGUGAGGUUCACUGUGGAGUAGAGUAUGACAUUUUUGAGAGAACAUUAUAGAGCAUAAAUCAUUAAUCCCAGCUGGGGCAAGCUCCCCGUGUUAUUUCUUAAAUAGAAAAACUGCUCCCUUAAAUAGCAUGAGAAAGGAUGGGUCAUCAGGAUCCCGGAAACAAGGGGGCUCGAAGAGAUGUUACACAGGUUACUCAUCACCUUAAGUGCAAAAAUGCACAUCCCUUACAGAAAAGGGAUCCUCGUGUAGAAACAAUGCUUAGAAUUUAAUGUUGUCUUUUAAGAAAGAGUAAUCACUUUAUGGUGAGGCAAUAAGAGAUUUUUAAUUUUCAGGUAUCUCCUGUAACAGCAAUUUAUUUAAAUUGCAAAACAAUCUCCUAUAAUGGGUAAUUGGUAAUAUGGAUACAUUAAGAAUCAUCUUUUCUUUAUUAUGUUUGAGGAUUUGGGGAAAUGUUUGUGGUAAUCUGUUAAAUGAAAAAACGAUUAUAAAACAAUAUACCAUAUGGUUUACAUUGUAAAAAAAAUACAUAGAGGAAGGAUAUGCACCAUUGUAUCAGUGAUUCUGGGUGGUAGCAAUAUGGCAACUUUAUGAGUAAAAUUAUAUGCACAUAUAUAUUUGUAUUAUAUCUAUGUUAGGUGUGUGUAGGUAGGUAAAUAGACACAUAGAACAAAAAGCUAGGAAGGAAAUAUACCAGAUUAUUCAGCAAAUUAUCAUUUGGGUGUUGGGAUAAUUGAUUUUUAAAUGUUUUAAGCGUAGUCUCCAGAAACUACCAAUAAAUUGUUUAAAGUAA